AGGUGUCCCCGACUCCUCUCCGCUGGGCAUUUGGAACGCUCCACCAGCUGGGAGUGGUGGUGGGAAUCCUCAUCGCCCAGAAAUCAUGGAUGACAGCAGCAUGGAUGACAGCGGCAUGUAUACCAGCGGUGGUGAAUCCCAGGCUACCACAAUAUUAUUCUCCAGGAGUGAGGGUGACUUUGUGUCGCCCUCUGAGUUUGAGGACGAUGGGCACAGCCCUCUUCCUUCUCCACCUCCACCUCCACCUCCACCUUCACCACCACCCCAGGGCUUGCUCCCCAGACAGCCCAGACUGUGGCUGGAGAAUGAUAUGGAUGGCUACCUUGGUGACGAGGAAGAUAGCGAUGAGGAUGAUGAAAAUUUGUAAUUUUGUAUAUUCUUUAUCUUCUUCGGCCCUUAUUGCUUAGUUGUGCUUUUUAUAUUAUAUACUUUUAAUUACUUUUUCUGCUGCUAUUGAAUGUUUGUGUGUUGUCUGUAUUCU